AUGCCCACUCCCAACGCCGCCUCGCCACAGGCCAAGGGCUUCCGCAGGGCUGUCUCCGAGCUGGACUCCAAGCAGGCCGAAGCCAUCAUGGUAAGGGGGCCGCCGGGGCCUGCUGUCACCUUGUCCGGUUGGCGGCCGGGGACAGAGGCCAUGGCAGCUGGGUAUGUCCUGUCCCCACAGUCCCCGCGCUUCAUCGGGCGGCGACAAAGCCUCAUCGAGGACGCCCGCAAGGAGCGAGAGAAGGCCGAGGCCGUGUCAGCUGCUUCCUCAGAGCCCGGGGACCCCCUAGAGGCUGCCGUUUUCAAGGACAAGGACGGGAAGGCCACGCUGAACCUUCUCUUCACCCUUCGUGGCGCCAAGACCGCGUCCCUGUCCCGGGCCGUGAAGGCAUUCGAGACGUUUGAAGCCCAAAUCCACCACCUGGAGACCCGGCCCGCGCAGAGGCCACGGGCAGGGGGCCCCCACCUCGAGUACUUUGUGCGCUGCGAGGUGCCCAGCGCCGACCUGCCUGCCCUGCUCAGCUCCGUGCGCCGGGUGGCAGAGGACGUGCGUGGCGCCGGGGAGAACAAGGUCCUCUGGUUCCCGAGGAAAGUUUCCGAACUGGACAAGUGCCACCAUCUGGUCACCAAGUUUGACCCUGACCUGGACUUGGAUCACCCGGGUUUCUCGGACCAGGCGUACCGCCAGCGCCGGAAGCUGAUCGCGGAGAUCGCGUUCCAGUACAAGCAUGGCGACCCCAUUCCCCGUGUGGAGUACACGGCCGAGGAGAUCGCCACCUGGAAGGAGGUCUACACCACCCUCAAGGGCCUGUACGUCACCCACGCCUGCCGGGAGCACCUGGAGGCCUUCCAGCUGCUGGAACGCUUCAGCGGGUACCGGGAGGACAGCAUCCCCCAGCUGGAGGACGUGUCCCGCUUCCUGAAGGAGCGGACGGGCUUCCAGCUGCGGCCAGUGGCCGGCCUGCUGUCCGCCCGGGACUUCCUGGCCAGCCUGGCCUUCCGAGUGUUCCAGUGCACACAGUACAUCCGGCACGGGUCCUCCCCCAUGCACUCCCCCGAGCCGGACUGCUGCCAUGAGCUGCUGGGGCACGUGCCUAUGCUGGCUGACCGCACCUUUGCUCAAUUCUCCCAGGACAUCGGGCUGGCCUCUUUGGGGGCUUCCGACGAGGAGAUCGAGAAGCUGUCCACGCUGUACUGGUUCACGGUGGAGUUCGGGCUCUGCAGGCAGGACGGCGAGCUGAAGGCCUACGGCGCCGGGCUGCUGUCCUCCUACGGGGAGCUCCUGCACUCCCUGUCUGAGGAGCCCGAGAUCCGGGCCUUUGACCCCGACGCCGUAGCCGUGCAGCCAUACCAGGACCAGACCUACCAGUCCGUGUACUUUGUGUCCGAGAGUUUCAGCGAUGCCAAGAGCAAGCUCAGGGACUACGCUUCCCGCAUCCAGCGCCCCUUCUCUGUGAAGUUUGACCCGUACACGCUGGCCAUCGACGUGCUGGACAGUCCCCAGGCGGUCCGGCGGUCCCUGGAGAGCCUGCAGGACGAGCUGUACACCCUCACGCGUGCACUGGGCGCCCUCGGCUAG